CAGACGACUGCGACUGAAACCUUUUCUACGAUAGAACACUGCUGGACGAAUGAGGGACUACACUCGUCUCGUUGUUGGAAGAAAUUCAAGCGGCAGUUUAUUAAUUAAUUAAAAUGUUCAUUUUGCAGCAAAAAACACACUUCCCAGACAGAGGCAUGUAGACAGUUUCACUCUAAAGCACCUGUACUGUGUGUGUGUGUGUGUGUGUGUGUGUGUGUGUGUGUGUGUGUAUGUGUGUGUGUGUGUGUGUGUGUGUGUGUGUGUCAGUGCAGGAUCAAUCAGCCGACUGAACUCAACACCACUGUGGGUGAACACCAGUUAUUUGCUUGUAAAGAAAUGCUGAAUGGUGACUGGCAGCUACCAAGCGUCUCACUGAAAUUCUGAGAUAUAUUGAUCAGCGUUUAUCAAAGAGCUGCCUGUUACACACAUUCAAUAAACACCUUACCUUGUUUUGUUUUUUUUACUAAAUCAUGUCAUUUUUUUCUCACCUUUCUCUGCACAAAACCAUCAGCUGCCACUUAAAAUCGAGGCUUAUCGUUUUCCACAUUUUCAGGACGUUUUUAUGGAUAUCUCGGCUCACAUUUUAUUUAUUUAAUUUAAUUUAAACGAGCGCUCUGCCUCACUCUCUGCGUGGCCAGUAAAAUAAAGCUGUGCACGGAUCUAACUCACAGGCCGGCUGCUUCAGUCUCUCCUCUGCGCUGCCUCUUAAUGCUGUAUUUUAUAACUCUUUGUUCAAUAAGCCCUGGCUCACAGGUGCAGUAAGACCCCUGAAGGAGGCCACAGUUUCCGUCGUGCCCGUUGGAUCCGAGCGUCAGGAUAGGGAAGCAAAGUGAAGGGGCGGCUGCCUCCGGUGCAGCGAGCCUGGUGGACAAAAUGUCAGAAAGCCCGGAGAAAAGCGCCUCGGUGUCGGCUCAGGAGCUGAAGGAACAGGGCAACCGCCUCUUUCUGAACCGCAAGUACCUGGAGGCUGCUGCCUGCUACAGCAAAGCCAUAACGCACAGUCCCGCCGUCCCAGCGUACUUCACCAACAGAGCGCUGUGCUACGUGAAGCUGCAGCAGUACGACAGAGCUCUGGCCGACUGCAGACACGCUCUGGAGCUGGACGGCCAGUCGGUCAAAGCUCACUUCUUCAUGGGUCAGUGUCACCUGGAGAUGGAGAGCUACGACGAAGCCAUCGGCAACCUGCAGAAAGCUCAUAACCUGGCAAAGGAGCAGCGUCUGAACUUUGGGGACGACAUUCCCAGCGCUCUGCGGAUGGCGAAGAAGAAACGGUGGAACAACAUGGAGGAGAGGAGGAUCAACCAGGAGAGCGAGCUGCACGCCUACCUCACCAAACUCAUCCACGCUGAGAAGAAGAGGGAACAGAAACAAGAAGACAAGUCAGACGACGGCCGAAUUCAACAAAAUCCAAACGAGAUCCACACAAAACAUGACAAGUAUCUUUCAGACAUGGAGGAGCUGUUCUGUCAAGUCGACGAGAAGAGGAAGAAGCGUGAGAUCCCAGACUUCCUGUGUGGAAAGAUCAGCUUUGAGUUGAUGAGAGAGCCCUGCAUCACUCCCAGUGGGGUCACUUACGACAGAAAAGACAUCGAAGAGCACCUGCAGCGAGUCGGCCAUUUUGACCCGGUGACGCGCUCUCCUCUGACCCAAGAUCAGCUCAUCCCGAACCUGGCCAUGAAGGAAGUCAUCGAUGCUUUUAUUUUGGAGAAUGGAUGGGUGGAGGACUACUGACCAAUGAGAGGAAGGAAGGAAGGAAGGGAAGUCACUCUGACAGUCGAUGGAUGGAGACAGAUCAGCUCUGUCGGGAGUUUAAGAAAAGGUCAAACAAACCACGAGCUCUCCGAAACUUUUAACAUCAACCGCAGCGAGCAGACUUUAUCGAAAAGCAGAAGUUACAAAGUGAUUUACAGGAGGAACAACAGGGGGGGGGUAUAAAUACAUAUAUCAAACAAGGAGAAGUUCAUGUACUUUAACCCGCAAAAUCAAAGAAAAAGCCAAAGAAAACAAAGAUGUGCAAUUAUUUGGCAUCUGUGCGUCACUAGAGGGCGCCGAGCGUUAAAGCUGCAACACGAGUGUUUCUCCAGCGCUGGAAGAAGUACUCCGACCCCUGAUGUGAGGGCCAGCAGCAGCACUACAGUAUAACAGUACUUUACCAGUAAAAGUAGUUGCACUAAUAUACUUAACUUUCACAAGUACUCAAUGAGCGUUAAAUUGUUAUAUUUAUUAUGUUGUUUAUUAUUGAUGCUUUAACGUGUAAGCAGCAUUCGAAUGCUGCAGCUGUUUGAGGUGAAGCUAACGGUAACUUCUUUAUAUCCUGUUUGAUUUAUUCAAGUUGUUCGAGUGUUUUGUUUGUAAAAUCCUAAUUUAAAGAGUAACUAGAAACUACAGCUGUCAGAUAAACGUAGAGGAGUAAAAAGUACAGCGUUUCCCUCUGAGAUGCAGAGGAGUCCAAGUACAAGACGAGCACUUCCUAAACAGUACUCGAGCGCGGCGUGCGCUCCACGUGUGGGUGACGAACCAAAUGUGUUUCCGGUUAAUCGAACAAAACGCGUCACAUCCGCUUUGCUGGAGUCUCUUCGCUGCAGCCUCGCUAAUUUCUCACCAAGUCCGGCUGAUUCUGACGAAUCAGAAGUCACCAAAAACAACACGAACAGGUCGAGAUGUCUGAAGACCAGAUCUCACUGCGGCUUUAAAAGAUUUGAUUGUUUAACUCUCAGAGUUUAAGGGAACACAGUUAAUUUGUAUUAAAAGUAACAAUCAAAACAUUUUUAAGACUUUAAACAGAUUCUCUGUUUGGGAAGAAUAAUUUGUGUUUGAUACGGUUUUCCCACAAAGUUACGUCUCCUCCUUCUUUCUCAUUAAGUUUAGCAGCUGGACACAAGAUGUCUCCUGCUUCGCUGAAAAGCCCUCAGUGUUUGUGACCUGCAGGUUUCAAGUUUCCACAUCGCGCUUGUGUUGGCUACAUGAAUAUAAAGUGAAGCCUGAACUGACGGAGGCAGAUUUCUGUUUCAGUGUCUGUUUAGCUUCAGCUGGACUUUGACUGUUUGGAUGGAGCGGUCGUGUUGCACGCAGCUGUUUGUAAAGUUCUUAAAUUAAUCAGAGCAGCAGCCAGGGACCAGUAAGA